CCCAAACACUGGUUUGACAAAUACCACUAAACGCCAAAGAAGACGGAAGAGGAAACCGAGCAGAUGUGGUUGAGGUGAAAACACACGUGUGAAGUUUUGCUGUCCUCUUGGGAACGAAACGGUCUCAUGGACGCAGAAGUACUUGUCCAAGCCCCAGUCCCUCAUGUGCUGGAGAAGGUUCUUGGUGUUGAGUCUCAGGCACAGUCUAAAGCAGCAGCAUUUACUAAGGCGUUUCUGAAGAACAGCAUUCAGCAGCCGGCACGCCACGAUCUGAAGAGCAUGCUGACACAUAAGGCUGUGAUUCUGGGCUACAUCAGGCCCAAGAAGAAGAAGACCAAGAGGAACAGCAAGAAAGCCAAAGGACUAAAUGCACGGCAGAAGAAGGCGAUGAAGAUCUUCCAGCUUAAGCCUGAACACCAGAGAUAUGAGCUUUUCCUGCCUCUGCAAGAACUCUGGAGACAGUACAUUAUUGAGCUGUGCAGUGGAUUGAAACCAACAAGCAGUCCUCAGUUUGUGCAGCAGAAGCUUCUGAAGGCAGACCUUCAUGGUGCCAUCCUUACAGUGGUCCGGUCCAAAUGUCCAUCAUAUGUAGGGACUACAGGGAUUCUUGUGCAAGAGUUUAAACAUGUUUUCAAAAUCAUCACCAAAGAGGACAAACUGAAAGUGAUCCCAAAAAGGAACAGUGUGUUUGCAGUGGAGAUCAACGGCUUUGUCUCACACAUCUAUGGAAGUAAGUUUGAGCAGCGGGCCAGCGAACGCUCUGCCAAGAAGUUUAAAGUGAGAGGAACCAUUGACCUGUGACCUGGCACUGACCGUUGCCAAAGACUGCUGUGUGCCAUACCAAGAGACUUUACAUUCUCAUAUGCCUACUGCUCGUCUAGUGGACAUUGAAGCAGCUGCAACAAUAAUGACCAGUGUGUAGCAGAUUAAAAAAAGGUCAUGUAUAGAGGAAGCAGAACCACAUAAAAAGCACUGCAUUUUUUGCUUUAUUUUGUUUUUUGACUUUGCUGCAUGUGUAUGACCUUCACACAUAGUGUCACUUUAUUUUAAUGGGGAACUUCCCAACAGGAAGACUGCAUUACAAGCCUUUAGAUGUGGAGUUUGAUUGAGGUGUAUUUCCUCAGGCAGGUAGGUAGUAAAGAGAUGCUUUUGAGGUUUGAAGUGUAGUAUCCAGUGUUCUGGAAGAUUGACUCAUAUCAGAGACCAAACUGUUGGAAAAAUGAGAUACAGUGGUUUCACCUCAGAAGAUGUGUACUGCAUAUCAGAACCUUGUUAAAAAUCUGUGGAAUUGUCUGAGGCUCCCCACCCAUCACAGGUGUUGCUGUUACAUGAAGAUUGUUAUACAAGUACUGGUGUUGAUUAUGUUCUGGUGUUGCAGCAUCUGUACUCUCUGUGAGAAAGCUGACACACCGUUCUAUGUUCAGUUCUGUCUCUUCUAAACACUCAAGAGCUAAAAAUCUACCUUGUGUUCAGUUGAUCUGUGUAUUAAACUAAAAUACUUUCUGAAAACUGA